AAAAUAAAUAAAAACAGUUAAUUUAAAAUUAAACCGCGUAAUAAACUUUCUUUUUACAAUGUAAAAUUAAUAUAUUUUAUUUGUAGUUGGCAUUUGAGAUGUUACGACUUCGCCGAGUCGAAGUUUUUCAUAUGUCGGUACUUAGACUGAAUAUUUAAAAACUUGAAGUUAAAUAAAAAUCCCGGCGUUUUCGAGUACCGAAUGUGUUUUUUUUUUUUAGUAUGAGUUAGUUAGACUACACCUACUUAGUUUGAAAUUGUGUUUUCCAAGUUUGUGUGGACUAAGCUGUAAAGGAAGAGCGAUAAUGUUUUCUCCCAGAACACCAAAUACUUCUUCUAGAGCGUCACCAUUUAAUCAAACACGAAAUCCCAGAAUAUCCACUACGACUCCAAGAAGAAGUCGAAGGUGGGUUCUUCAAGUUUCAAACAAAUUAUUAAAAUUAAUAAUGAUAAUGUAAGCUAAAGUUGACUAACUGAACUCUAACUUACUACUUAGUAAAAACUUAGACUUAAAAAGAAUUUGACAUAUUUGUAAAGUAAAAGUUUUAGCCAGUGAUUGUGAUGGGCAUGGCGAGAAGCACCCUAAAGUGGCCAAAGUUAGGGUAACCAAAUCAUGAACUGGACAAAAUGGGACACAACCAAGUAGGGUUGGGGCGGGGAUACCUUGCCUUACAAUUGGUGAAAAGCUUGUCCUCAUCACCUAAGUACUAUCAACCGGUGUCCAGCCAUGGACAGCACCCCGCUGAUUUGAGCGUUGUUUAUCAGUCAGAGAGGGGUGAGAAUGAGUUGGUAAAGUACAGUUUAAAGAGAUGGGGCAGUUUUGAAGUCUGUGAUGGUCGCUAUAAAGCGGAUGUGUAAUGGGAGAGAAUUCCAUUGUUUGGGGGCACAGAAAGAGAAAGAUCGUUCACCAUAUGUUUUAGUUCAUGUUCUGGGAACAGAAAGAAUAUGCGUGUCUGCGAAGAAACAAAGCUUUCAAAAGGGUGAAUAGACAGUAAGAAGUUCAGUAAGAUAGGAAGGGCAUAACCAGAGAAAAAAUUGUGACAGAAAGCAGCUUAUGAUAAAUGUGUGCCUGAAGUCAAUGAAGUAAGUGAAGUAGUGAGCAUGUUUCUUUGUCUUUAAAACUAACCUAGCACCUCAGUUUUGAACUUUCUGCAGUUUUUCUAUGACAGGAAAUGUUUUGGUGAACCUGACAGAAGAGAGUUACAAUAGUUAAGAUGAGUGAGAACAGGAGCAUAGACUAGUGUUUUUGUUGUGUAAAUUGCGAGGUAGUGGCGGAUGUAUCAGAUCUGAUGAUUAGCAGUGUACUCAGAGCGACAGAUGUGAGAAAUAUGAUUAUUGAGAGACAUGUUGUCAGAAAGAAUGUAACCAAGAUUCCUAGCAGAGGAUGUGAACUCUAUAUCUGUGCUACCUACUUAAAAUAAGAUGGGGAGAGCUGAGUUAGAGGAUGAUUCAUGAUUGUGAAUGGGGAGUACUUUUGUUUUGUCAGCGUUCAGCUUCAACUUGCUGCGAGUCAUCCAUGACUUGACAUCACCAAUACACUCCUGCUGAAGAGAGGGAUGGGUAUGCUUUUAAAGCUGCACGUCAUCUGCGAAUGACUGGCUCUCAACAGCAGGCCUUCUGAGCAGGAGGAGAAGUAGCCUGGUACUCAUUGUGAAUAGGACAGGACCCAAAGCAGACCUUCUGUGGCACUCUGUACACCUAUGGGCAUUGGGCAUGAGUAGAGCCCUAUGUUUUCUUCCACAGAUAUUUGGGAUGAAUAAUUGAAUGUAAUGAAGCUUUGGCAGUUUCUGCUAAAAAAAAAAAAAUAUUAAACUAUACCGGUACAGUUUUAUAAAAUAAAAUUAAUCAAACAUAACUAGCUUUAGUAGUUUUUAGCUAUGAAUUAAAAAAGUAUAUGAAGAUGUGGUUCCUUUUUUUAUCGGUUUAAAAUACUCUUAGACAAGGGCUUAAAGGCCUCCAGUAAUAAACAACUUAACAAGCCAAACAAGUUUUGGUUUUGUUCCCCCCCUCCCUUCCCUUGAAAAAAACCCUGAAAUGACGCCCCUGAUUGGCUAUAGUAUAAUAUGAUUUAUCAUUUUCGUCUUGGUGAACUGAUAUACAAGUCAACAUCAUCCUUAUCUAACUACUCAGCACUUAAAAUGGAAGCAUUGUCUGUGAGAGCAAUAGUUGCCAUAAGCUCUCUCUGUCUUUGAGUUGGUAUAGUUGUUAUUGAACACCGUGUACAUUGAUGUGUUAAUCAUUCUAGGGACCGGAUUUAGAUAAAAAUGACUGGCGAAUAGAUGCCAAUUUUUUACUUCUCUUGUACUAACAAAGUGUGCUAACAUUCUGAACAGCCAUCUGUAGUGCACACAGACAGAACACAUUAAAUAACUCUUAUAUUGUUAAAAACCUAAACUUAUAUGACUAUUUACACUCAUUAAAUUGUUAAAAAUAAUGUAAGAACCAGUCAAUUUUUAAGAGUGAAAUUUUAAUGGAAAAAACAUGAUUUUUGACUUCAACCAAUCCAAACCCCCCCCCUGUCAAACCUUUUCCCCCCCCCCCCCCCCUUAUUUUGUUGACAUAAUUUAUGGACGCCCCCUUUAUGAUGAGAAGAGCAUUUAUUCAUUCAAAAGAGCGGCAGGCUGCUGAACACUGGGUUAGGCUAAUAAGUAAAAAAAUUGAGUUACAGUUAAGUAAGGCCUUAAGUUAAGUUAAGCAUAAAAUUAAAUAAUUUAUCUGCUGUAUUUUCAAAGUGAAAUGCCUCAACAGUAUUAUUCAGUGAACUCGUUUAGUUGACUAAAUAAAAGUCUGCUUUAUUAAAUAAAAUUAUCCACUAUUUGCUUUCUGUUUAUUUGCACAUCACAGGAAUCAAUCUGCUUUGACAAGUCAGUCAUUUCAAGGAUCUCAGAUAUUGGAAGAAACAUCUUCGCAUCGCAUCGAACCCUUUGGAACUGCUCUUCCUGUUUUAAUUACAGAAGCUUUAACUUUAUCAGAUAGUAAGAACCUUUAUGCAUUUUUUUUUUCUGAAAAUAAUUUUUAUCAAAUUCACUUACAAUUUUUGGCUUUAAGGAUAAUAAUUUAAUGAAAUUAAUAAUCAUCUUUCUUUUAAAAAAUACCAAUAUUUUAUAUUAAACAUUUUUUGGUCACACUAUGUCAUUGUAAAAAAAAAAAGAGGUAAACAUUACAUUCAAAGUAAAAAACCUAUUCAAACUUUUAUUUAAUGAUACAUUUCUUAUUUGUAGGAAGUACAACAGAAAUAACAGCAUGUAUAGAUCCUUCUGGAUGGGCAUGGCUUGUAGGGGGGCGCAAGUUAUUUGUCUGGCGAUACAAGUCUGCUGCCAAUACAAGGGUAGAUAUGUAAUGAUAGGAUAUUCAAUUUAUCUAAUAUUUGUAACUCUAAUAUUGUUGUUAAUUUUGUGUAUGAUACCUUAUAAAAUGAAUAGAAUUAUAAGUUUCAACGUGCCUCUCAACUUCAAUAAAAAAAUAGAAGCAGUGUGGUUAAGCACUAUAACUUUUUUUCCCUAAAAAUUUAAUUAUUUAUGACUUUUUGAAUAAAAGAAGGGAUUUUUCUUUAAAACUCCAAGUAUUUCUCCUAGAAUGUGCAAUGUAAGGAGCUGACAUUGCCUCCAAGUGACUUGGCCCACAGUGCAGAGAGAGUGUGUGUGAUUCCAAGUGAGAAUGACAGCCAGCCAGCAGCCUGUGUAGCUGUGUCCCCAGAAGGUGUGGUCAGAUACUGGCCCAACAUAGCUUUUGAGUCCUCAACAGCAGAGAUCAGUGCUGAGUUGAGAGGGGAAGAAUGUGCCAAAGUCAUCAACUUCCAGGUCAUUACUGCCAUCCAUCUGACCCAUCAAGUUCUUUGAUCUCACACUAAUCUUUAUAGAUUAUUUUAUAUUUUAUCCACUUCUUUUUUUAUGUUAGAAGAUAUGUCUAUGAUGUUUUUAAAAAUGUUUAAUACUUCUAAAAAUAUGGAUAAAUUUUGUAAGGUUGUAAACAAUACAAAUGUAUGUUAAAUAUUUACUACUAAUUGUUAACAGAUGACUGACAAACCAGAAAGUACAUUUAUUUUUAUAACCUGCUUUUGAUUUAGUGAAAUAUCAUCUUUAUCAGUAGUAAGAAUAUUUUAGUAAAAUAAUAAUAAUAAUAUGUGCCACUAGUGAUAAGACAAUGUUAAGACAUGCCUUUCUUCUUUAGCCUCACGGAUGUCUUCUGGCUACAACUACAAGCUCUCUAUUAUUACUUGAUCCUGUUGCUGGACAGGUAAUAAUAUCGUAUUCAGCAGUUUUUUCAUAUCACUUCCUUAACAUAAAUUAAAUAUUGAAAGUUUAAAAUCCGUUUAGAAACUGCGUAAUACCCUGGCCUCUUAUUUUUAGUCAUUUUUUAUGGCGGCACCAUAGCCUUUUGGCUAGGUUACUCUUUUGAUCGAUACCAAAUAUGUGUGGGUGUCGUAAGAACAAAACAUAUAUCAGGACUAAUGGGACGCAUUUUAACUUUGCCAGUUUUAUUUUCCUGAAAAUGUAUCCUUAAAUAUUUAUUUAUGAAAUAUUAAAAGAAGGUAUGUUGAAGCUUGAAUCAAAAGACAGGACAAUAAGAUGGGAACAUUUCGGCUUAGAGCCUCCUUCAGGGAACAGGACAAAUAGAAGUACGACAAGAACAGAACACAGUAAAAAAAAACUUUAGAGAUCUCCUUUGUUGUGGUCGGAAGAAGGAUGCAGUUCUUCAAUUAUUAAAUAUUAAUUUAGCAACUUAAGAAUAUAUUUUAAAUAAAACCAUUAAGAGAAAGGUAUUUAUUAGAAGUUAAUCCAGUACAAAGUUCCGUAAUCUCAUUUUAGAUAAAAUUGACAAACGUAUCGAUAUUUUCACCCGCGGACCACCCCAUCUUCACUUAUACAAUUACAAUUUUUUACAUCUCAUUUAUCAGCAACAUCAUUCAUCAGCAACAGUGGAAACGAUCUGUGGUGCUUUGUCAUCCUUAUAAAAACAUAAUAAGGUUAAACCAGAGCUGUUGACAGAGUGCAUUUCUGAGAGUCUGAAUAAUAUUUACUUUUAAAUGCAAUAAUAAAAAAAUAAGUGAUUUUGUUCUGCCUUCAGGCCAGUAUACAGUGCAAACCACUCAAAGCCUCCCAAGGUUUGUUUUCAGGCAUCAGUCGAAGGAUGUCAUCUUUCAUCUUUGGGGCAUCACAGAUUCAAACAAAUGGAAAUGUGAGUCAAUAAAAUUAAAAAAAAAAAAUUCUUUAUUGUGACUAUUAAUUUGGACAUUAUUUAAGAUUCUGUAGAUUAAAUUGGGCAUUUAGAUUACUUAUGUGGCAUGAGGAUCCCCUUCGCUUUUUAUUUUUGUUUAAGAAAGCGUAUUAAAAUCUAUUUCAGCCUCUGCAGACAAUACUUGCAGCUCCCUAUAAUGAAUAUGAUGAUGAAGAUGAUGAUGAUGAAGAUCGAAGGUCCUUCUACGUACUUUCAGGAAGUAACAUCUGCAAAUGGCAGGUUCCUAGCAUUGGUCCCGAAAAGGUACAGAUUAUGCAAUAAAAUUAUUUUUAAAAUAAUACUACAGAUUAGGGGCUGUAUUUACGAUUUUUUAGUGUAAAUAUUUGGGGACAAAUGUGUGUAACAUUUAAAUUUAAAGUUCUAAAUGGGGUCAUUUGGCACAGGAUACUUUUUUGAAAAAGGGUUUUAAAGUAACAUAAUAUUCAUAAUGUGUUUAUUUUUAGAUUUAGUACUCAUCAGCAAUAAGCCAGACAAAUUAAUGUUUUUUUCAGUUGCUGUAUCAAAUAGAUGCUGACCGUAUGUUCAGAGAUGCCAUAGCCAGAAAGGUUUGGGUGAGUCAUUGAAAUAUGUUCUUUGUUGUUUACAUUAAACAUUCAAGUUAGUCUUUUGAAACACUAUCAUUUUUGUCCAUGUUCCUUGUGUGUUUGUGUUAUAUGAACUUAUUUUUGAAAAAAAGCAACUCUCUACUCUCAGGAGCAAGAUUCUAUUCAGAUGCCACAGCUGAAGACAUGGCUAAUAGAUCUGCAACUAACCAGGUAGGUAUUGAGUAACCUCUAUACCACCUUAGUGUGGAAUGCAGCUUGAAGAUAUUUUUAAAAAUGCAUAUGCAAAAAAACUAAAAGAGAAAACAAACUGGUUACAGUUUAAUACUUAAAACAGAUUUAUGUUUUCACUUUCCAUGUUAUCCUGUGAUAGAAUUAUGAAAAAAAUUUUUUCCGUAAUUUAAAGCUAUUAUUUAAUUUUAAAAAUGAAGUGAAACACAUUUGUAGAAAGUUGUUAAUUCCUUUAUUAUAAUUUAAAGUAUUUAUACCUUUAAUGUUAAUUUUUAAUUAAAAAAUCUUUUAAACUUUUCACAGAGAAGGUAUCGUGUUGCUUGGUGCAGGGGUGAACCUGGAUACAGCCCCACACACAUUGCAUUAUGCCUUAGGUAGGAGCUUUAGAAUUACCUAGAGCAGAGCUUGGCAACCUUUUUUUUAACCGAGGCAUGCACCAUUCUUUUCAAAAAAAAUUUGCUGAACAUCAUAUGUUUUAAAAAAAUUAAAUAACAGGAUAAAGUUAUUUAUCGUGGCGUGUAAAUUUUAAUGCUAAAAGGUAUCCCAUUGCACUGUAUUGCUCUAUUUCAGACACAUUUCAUUUAAGGAUAUUUUUAACAGCUUGGUAAUAGACUAACCAAUGUCCCUUUUGUAGCAACAGGUUUUUAUCAUAUUUAUGUGCCUUCAUUUACUCUGAGCCUUUCCUUCUCUUGUGGGCAGUUUGCACAGCACACAGCUUCAUUUAGUGUGUGGCGCCACACUUGGCUUCGUUUAGUGUGCACCGCCACACCUGUUGUGGAGGUCUGGGCUAGAAGUAUUAGGUGUGAGGUUAAAGCAUUAAGCAUGAGCUUUAAGCAUAUUGGUAUGAGCUAUAGACAUUUGGAGUAGCUUACAAAAAUGAACACCAUCAUACGUGUGCCAAACUUCUCAGUCCUUCAGUAAGAAAAUUAAUCAUUUAUCAUUGUUUUGAUUUUACUUAUAUUUUUUUGCCAUUGUUUUUUUUUUUUUAGCCUUCUUUGAGACCUACGAAGAUGCACAACCGACUAAUGCUAGCGAUCUGAUCCUGCUGGAAUACACACCGAGAUACAAUGUGAGUUUACUAUGUUAAUGGUGCACAGCAGUGUUGUGCACUGUUUAUGAUUUACACUUUAUUUUUAAUGGUUGUAGGUGAAUGAUAUGUAGCCUGCAGCAUCCUUUCUACUGAUGGGAACGUCUUCAUCCUCUUAACUAUUUGCAAUAGAAUUUUCAUAUACAACACCCGCCCUUCUCCCCCAAAACCUUUUUCCUCCCUAAAAUAUUACUAUGCUUACAGGAAGAACUGGAAGAUCAAAUCACAUCAUUCAAGCUUCUUUACCUAUCAUCUGACAAGUCAAACACAGCAUUUAUCUACAACAACUCCUCCAUUCUCAUGCUGCAAGGUAAGUGACAGGAGUCUAAGCUCCAGGUUAUGUUUUAGUCAGGAAAUGACCUGUUUUGUCAAACAGCCAUCAAUCACUUUAACAACUAUGUCACACGAAAAAUUAGGUACGGAUGCCUUUGUGAAUUCUCCUACACAAAAAGUACAUAAUAGAAAUAGACUUGUGAAUAUUAUAAUACCUUCUUGACCAGUGAACACGGGUUAAAUUUUGCUAUACUUUGAAUUCUGAUUUCAUUUUCAAGACCUUUUAUCUAUUGAUCUUUGCUUGUUGGUUUCAAAAUCUGUGUUUUCCUUGAUCUUUUGGUGCCAGAACUUCUCUCUGUUCCACUUAUCCUUAAGAGCUGAAAUGUGGUACACAGCUUAGCCUUGUAUUACAUUUUAGUCUUUUAAUUUUGGGGGGAUCUUCAAAAUGAAGUACAGGUAAACAUGGCUGGUAACAUAUUGCAAACAAAAAAUUUCCUCAGAUUUAAAUAUGUGUAUAGUUUUAAAAAAUAAGAAAUUUUUUGUUGGUAGGUAAAGUUUGGUUAUCAUGGAGAUUAUGUGAAGUUUUAUCCUCUUUGUAACCAAUUAGUUUUUCUUUUUAAAGAUAAUUUGUUACUUGACUGAUAAUUAUCAAAAUAUUUUUUAAGAAACCGUUGCCGUCAAAAAUGGUAUUAAAAGUUUUGACCCUCAAAAUAAAUUUUGUACAAGUUCAUUUAUAUCUAAUAUAAAUCUAAUGUACACUAAUCCAAGAUAUUUACUUUUAUAUUUAAAAAUAUACUAUAUCCUCAAAAGUAUACUUUCCUUAUAAUUUAUUUUGCAAGCAAUGGUAAAUUCUCGUAAUACAGACAUACUUUUUUUUGUGUCACCACAAAAGGGUAAACUUUUUAGAGUUACUAGUUAAACAUGAAUGAUGAGACAACAAUGAGAGCUACAAAAUGUGAAAUAUCAUUUCUAUCUCUUCCAGAUAACAUAUCAAUGGACAAAAUGGAUCUGAAGACUUCAGGAGAUUUGCUGCUCGGAGCUGGUGCGAUUAUUUUUUGUUUUUAAGUAGCGGCCUAUCAAUCAUCAGUUUACUUCAGGUCACAUUCUGUAAUAGGAUCUAUCAAGUUCUGAUAAAACUGUUACCUCAGUGCUAGCUUUGUUUUUAGCCUUAAACAGAUCUAUUAGGAGUGUUAGUAUUAACCUUUCAGUUAACCCUUCACAUUCUCCCUUCUGAUACUAUAAUGCUCUCAAGAUACAUGUGUUAUAUUCAGCACAGAUAUAUUAUUAUUAGUGGUCUUAAUAACGCAGUUCCCAAGGAAAACUAACAUGUCUGUUCAGCUUCGUAUCUACAAUUUUGAAUGACUAGCUACAAGCAAAACAACAUGCAUCACAAUUUGAGAAACAGCAGGCCUCACACAUUGACAACAAAGGGAAGCAACUUUAACAAUACAACACAAGGAUAUCACAGCAACAUGCUUAUACAAUUAUUAACACAUGCUUAAAUGUUCAACUUGUUUCGCGUAAACUUUAUCCAGAGCUAUACACUUUAAAAUGUAAUUCUCAGAUAAUGUUCAUAUUUAAAUUUUUUAAAAAUUUGUACAUGUUUCUGAGCGUCUCCUUUCAUCAUCAGGUUGCUACAAUGGUAUUGCUGUGUUCUUUUCAAACACUCAUGGCAUCUUCAGCAUAUCUACUCCCAGAUCUGAGCAAAGGUAGUGGACAGUCUGUUUCAUCUACCAUUAUAUACUAAAAUUGUGCCAUGUGACUAAUAAUGUGACUAGUUAAAAGAAAAUUGUGUUACACUUAAUAAUUAAUAGGAAGUUAUAUAAAUGUGAUAUCAUGGAGCACUUAUGGAAACUCAGUGUCUCUAUUGUCACAAACCUGUUUCACCCGCAGGAAGCAUUAAUAAAUCUGUAAAAUAUCUGUUAAGCUUGUACUUAUUAAUGCAUUUUUAUAAGUGGAUUAACCAUUGAAUGAAAUAACUAAUAAUGAAUAUUUUUCCCCCCAGUGUUUUAGAUGAAUCAAACAAUCAGAGCAUAGCUAGAGCAGACCUGGUGAGUAAUUAGCCUUAAGAUUCCAUCAUUUGUUUUUAAAGUAAGAUAGCCAUUAACAUCUGACUAUAGAGGUAUCACUUUCCCUUUUUGGCUUGAUUACAGCAUCCAUUAAUGCAUGAGGAAAAACAAUAGUGCGACAUUGAAAGUCAUAUUUUAAGCCCAUUUGUGAAUACUAACUGAUAUUUGGCUGGCCUAAAAAAUGUAGUAUUCAUAAGAGAUACUUUAAACUAGAGCAAUCAGAAUUAGUACUUUAAUACCAGUGUAUUUAAUUUCAAGACCUGACCUAAGCUGUAUGUGAAUGAUGCUGCAUUAUUUCAUUUUGGUUAAAUUCAGUCUGGUCUGGCGAUGAAUAGGACCAAUGUGACAGAGAUGAUUGAAAGUAGUGAUAACAAGACCAAACUCAAGGGAGCUUUUAUUUCAUCCAUUCUUGCUGAUCAGGUAAAUACCAGAAGAACAGAAGCUGUUGUUUUGUUUUAUUUGCUAGGCCUUUGACCUCUGUAGACCUGCCUUACAUUGCCAUCUAUUAACUUGCUUAUUUUAUCCACAAAUAUACUUAAAAAACAAUUGUUUUGAUUUAUUUUCAGAUGUAAUACAUCUAAAAAUAUUAUCUUCUAUUCACCCAAGUAAUCUCUCUCUCUCCCACCCCCUUUCUAAAAAAAAUUUUCUCCUGUUUAAAUGUAGCAGCAGAUUUGAGUGAAGUUGCUAAACAUUUUUAUAAGACUUUGAUAACUAACUGAAUAAUUUUAGGAGAACUCUAUUGAGGAUGUCCUUCAGUCCAUGUGCACAGACACUGGAAAGAUCCCUGACAUAGAUACCAUUGUUACAAGUGUUAGCAGUGACCUCAUUGACGAUUACCCUAAUUCGGACCCUCGGUGGGCAGAGUCAGCAAAAAAAGGUCAGUAAUGAUCUUUUUAAAUUUCUUUGUGUUCUCUGCCAUUAAGGCAGUCUUGACCUCACCAUAUUAAAUAUAACUUGAUGAUUUUUAACAGUCCAUUUUGAUGACUAGGUGAAAGAAAUAUAUCUACAUGCCCUUAAAACUAGGAUUUAGAUUUGUCACGUGUUAUACAAAUUUAAUUUUAUUUGUGCACUAAAAAGGUGUAUAAAACUUAAAAGGCUUAAAUUGUGUGGAUAAUGAUUUAGAACGUAGAACAUUUACCCUCUACAAUAUGUUUUCUUUACCCAGAUUCUACAAACCACAGCACAUCUGUCAUCAUUAUUCAGCAGUUGAAUGACAAACAGAAGGCCCAUGAUUUGUUUAUUAACUUCCUGAAAAAGUAUAACUUGUGGAAUAAGGUUUGGAGAGUUAAAAUUCUAAGAGGUUUUUUUUUUUCACUCCUAAAAAACACUUCACUUUUAUAUAAGCAUUUCAUCAAAUUGCUCACUUUUUAAAAGAAUUGUUGCUGUCCCAUGAUCCACUCAAAUCAUUGCCUGAGUUGGUAUUGAUAGUGAUCACUAAUUAGAUAUUUGUGCCCCAGAAUUGUUUUUCUGUCAUCAUUCACAUUUCCAAACUCUUUGUUUUUGAAACACAUGGAAUAAAAUUUAAAUUUUUUGGUUAUCUAAUGCUAAAAAAUUUGAACCAUAUAUUUAAAAAAAAAAUUGGAUUACAUUUUUUUAAAAAUAUUCCUCCAGUUGUAACCAAUUAAAGACCAUGUUUUUUUUUUCAAAAUUUAUAAGUAGUUUGAGAAACUUAAUAACAAAAAAUAAGUUAGUGUUUGUUAUUUAAAUAUUCCUUGUAAAAUAAAGAUUUAAACCAGUCUAUAUAUAUAAUAAUUUUAAAACAUAACUUUAUAAAAAGUGUUGUGCUACAUAGCUAAACAUUUUUUAAAUAUCUGUAAUGGCUAAAAAGUAUUUUACAUUUUUUAAGAAUAAUAUUGUGAAAGCUUAGCUGUAAAAAAAAAAUGUUGAAAUGUCUAUUGUUUUUAAUUAUUGCAGAUUUAAUGAGUUUUGAAUAUUUCAGCUUGGUGUUGUUGGGGUUCGAGGCUCAGUUAUGCCAACACGGCUGUUACUUUGUGAACAUGUGGAGAAAAUCGAAGCUGCCAAAGCUCUAAGAGAACUUCAUGCUGAGUAAGAUGAUGUAGAAUUGUUUGGCGCAAAGUCUUUAAAUUGCAUAUUACUUAAUAGAAACAUACUCAUCUUGAAUAGCCCGCUAUGUCUUAUAAAAUAAUAUUGUCCAUAAUUUAGCUCAUAUCGAGUUUUAUUGAAAUAAAAAUUUCUUGGAUUUUCCAAAAUAAUAUAUAAAAAUUUGCUGUCGUUUAAUUUUUUUCGUGGCCUCUCAAAAAAAAUUAAAAUCUUGUGCAAAUUUUUUUAUCUUUCCCAUAGGCAUCACAAAAUGGUUGAUUUUUGCAUUAAUAAAGUUCUCAGACAGAGGCAAGUGAAUGUUCCUCAAACCUUGGCUGCACAGGAUAUGUUUUACAGAGAGGUAGGAAUAAUUGUUUUAAUUGUACUCAAUUAAAACCCCACUAGCCUAUCAAAUUAAUUGUCUUUCCUUAGGAAAGGGAAUAAUUACAUAUAAAAACAACUUUAAAAAUAUGUAAACAAGACACUCCUGAUUAACGUUUCAAUUUUGUCCUGCCGUAGUUUUAAUGAAUGUAAUCAUUUGUCAGUCAAAUUCAAAACACUUCACUUGAUGUAAUGCUGUCCUUAAGGUGGAAAAAAAAAAAUUUAAAUUGCAGUGUUUUAAUUUUUUUUUUAUACCAAUCGCUAGAUUUGUUAAAUUCUGUUUCGGCAUUGGCAGGUAAACAUAUUGAAGAAUGAGUAAAUCGCUUUUGAUACAGUGCUGAUGCAUGCCAAUUAACUUUGAAACAUACUGUUUCAAUGUGUUAAUUGGCUGAAGGAUUUUAAAAUAUCAUGUCUACUUAGGCUCUCAGCUAUGAAUGUGAACCCACAUUGAAUCAUCUACAGGAUGUUAGCAAUGAAUGCAGACCCACAUUGAAUAAUAUGAAUAUGUAUGAAUGAGUUUAUUACAAAUUAUAAAAUACCUUUGUGUAGAGAUCAUAUUUUACAUUUAAUAAUGGGUAACCACUCAAGCAGUAACACAUAGUUAUAUUUUGAGUUACUAUUAUCACCAUUUACUAAAGCAACUCAAGUGAUGCCCAAUCUUACUAACAGCUGUAGCAUACAACAAAAAUUUACUUAAAAUAGCCUCAUGUUGAGUCCGUUUUCCCCACAGAUCUCAAAAAUUCAUGAAAUCGCCCCGGUGCUGCUCAUCUAUGAAAAGGAGAUAAUGUCAUCAGAACAAAGCAGCCGUAACAUCGUCACAGCGAUUAAGUCAGUCAACGCCAUACUCGAGGUACUUUAAAGCUUCCAUCAAAAUUAAAUAAAUAAUUACCAUUUGUGGUUACUUGGAUUAAAAUAUCAAUGGUAAUAAAUAAGGUUUUCAUUUUAAAAAAACUAUUUUUUUAUUGUUCCCACCACAACAGACCAUUCUUUUUUGUGCCCUGAGAUACAGACAGCAAACUGUAGAGAUGUAUGCAGCAGACAAUGAGGUGAUACCAGAAUAUAUUCCAUGGACAGCUACAAGCAUUAUGAGAAAGUUAAUAACUGAGCAGGUCAAUAAAAACUCAUUAUACCCAUACUCUUUUCACUUUUUUUUGUUUAUUAACAAUUUAGUUUUGUUAACAAUCAUUAGUUUUAUCUAUACUACUGUAAUCAAAAUCACAUGAGGAAUGCAAUAGGAAAAGCUUGGUUCAUUUAGGCAUAUGUAACAUUAUUGAAAAUGUAACUUUAAAUAGCCUUAUUCUUAUAGAUUAGAUUUUUUUUCCUUGUGUUCAACAGAUUUUCAUCACACUAGAUAAAGGAAUUCAGGAAGCUCGUGAAUUGGAUAUUCAAGGUGCACUGUUCCAGAACAUUCUUGGACUUGCAGACAUUGUCAUGGAUGGAUAUGCCAGCCAACUGAGAUCUUUACAAUACCACCCUGACAGAUCUGAUGACUAUAAUAAGCUGGAGAGGGAAUUUGAAAGGGAGAGACAUAAGCUUAUCAUACCUUUAUGUAAGUUUGUAUAUUGGUAGUAAAAAGCAUGUGAUGUAUUGAUGUUAUUAAAAAAAGAAAAUUACAAAACUAAAUAAUAAUUAUUGCCAUCAUUCUAGUCCCACUGAUCUCCUAGUUCAAAUUUAUGCUGAUCUUGUCAUUCUUUAAAGCUUUAUAAUUUUUUUUAAAAUGACAUUUAUAAUUAUGAAUGGCGUGCACAUAUCAUAUAUUAUAUUUAGUUAUCUUUCUUAUAAAAAUGUAUACACAGUGAAGUAAAUUCUAUUGCACAUUAGGAAAGCAAAGUUUUUUAAGAACUGGAAAAAUUUUUAAAAUUUUCCCCAUAAUUUAUCUUUACAAAAAUGAUUCUGCCCAAAUAGUUUUGGGGUUGUUUUUUGGGGGGUAAUUAUUAAUGAUAAAUUGUAAAACUAUUUUUUGCAAGUUAUAUGAUUUAAAUUUUAUUGUACUUAGUGCUAAUUAAGUUUAUCAAAUUAUAUUUUAUAAAAUUAUUCAUUAAAUAUUUUUUCUCCCAAAAUUUUCAUUAUCAGCUAAUUUAAAUACUGCUAGCUUGUAUCAAAUGGGAAAGUCAGUGGUUUCUUGCACAGAAAAAUGAUUUAUAUGCUUUAGUUACAAAACUAUGUGGACCCCCCCCCCUCCCCCUGAUUGUCUUUUCAGUGGAGCACAAACAGUUUGACAGAGCUGCAUCUCUAGCUGAGAAGUUUGAGGAUUUUGAGAUGUUAAUGAGAAUAUGUGAUGAAACGAAUAAUCAAGACAGGUUGCAGAAAUAUCGCACACAGUUUGCUGACAAGGUAAUUUCUUAUGCUAAGUAAAUCCAAGGGGUCUAAAUUUAGAACAAAAAUACCCAUUUUGAUGGAUGGCUGCAAUACACUAAAACAAUGUAAUACUUGUUACUUUUCAUAACACACAUCAUUAUAUAAAGCUUGAGGGGUUUCAGUUUAAAUUGAGUCAAUAUAUUUGGAUAUCAACUGUGUUUUUUUUUUUAUCUCUACAGGGAUUUGCCCAGUUUUUAUUUAAUUGGUACAUGAAAGAAGGUAAGCAUGCAUUUUUAGAAAUAUGGAAAUACUUAUAAUGUGUCUUUUUGUUUAUGCUAAUUUGAUAGGCUUCUUAGAUUUUGAACAAUUAUCAAUCUUCAUUUAUGAUGUACAAAAACAAUUACUAAGAAACAAUUCUUACUAUGUAGUUUAGCUAUCACACUUGGAAAAAAUAUAAUUUUUACCAUCUUAAUUUUUCUUAUCUGUCUCAGGACGCUAUGACAUUUUACAUUUUUAAAUUCAUUUUUGAAACAGGAAAACGCAGCCAUUUGUUGUCACAGCAUGCGGCACAGGGGGAUGAACUUAGCAAAUUCUUGGCUUCAGGGAAUGUGCAGUAUCUUAGCUGGCUUCAUGAAAUUAAAAGGGGCAAUUUUCUAGAUGUGAGUAUAAUGGACUGACUCUUAUUUUAUUUUUGUAUUCAUAUUUUUAUUUUAAAAAAUAAUGAUUCUUUUUGCUCCCUUAUAGUUAACAAAAUUUUCGUGUUUGUAAUUUUUCAAACUUAGGCUCACUUGGCUUUAUCUACAUUGGGAAAGGCAGAGAAAAACUUCCUGGCAAAGAAGAAGGUAAUCUUUUAUCAAGCUAGUUAUUUUUUAUUUUAGAAAAUAAUAACCUUAAAUAAUAAAAAUAAAGUUUAUUUUAAAAUCACGCUUCAUUCCCAAAGGCUCGAAGCGCUGUAAAAAGUCAACCAUAUUUUAAAAAAAAUCUAUAUUAUACCACAUUGAAAUACAAAACGCAACAUUACAAAAACUACAUACAAGAAUACCCUAUUCUAAGUCUUUUGUCCCUUGGAAUCAUAAACAACACAGCACACUAUACAUCUAGGAGAUAAUAGCUAGCUGGAAAAGAUGGUAGACAACAUUACCCCAAAAGGUGUUUGCGAAAUAGAUAUGUUUUCAAAUAGGUUUUGAAAGACUCCAGUGUCUGGCUGUUUCUGAGAGCGACAGGAGGUGUGUUCAAAAUUGUUGGGCCAGCAAAUGCGAAAGUGCGCCUUCCGUAAAUCUCAAGGCAAACACGUGGUAUCAACAGUUUGCCACUAUUGGAUGAGCGGAGUUGUCUAGUGGGUGCAUAAGUUAUCAUGAGCACUUUGAGAUAGGACGGUGCCAGGUCAUGCAAGCAGCGGUAGCACAGAGUUGCAAUUUUGUACUCGAUGCGAGCACGGACCGGCAGCCAAUGCAACUCUCUCAGAAGUGUUUUAGCACGGUCAAAUUUGUGUUUGCAAAGAACAAUGUGAUAAAACAAUAUAUAUAUCCAAAUCUAUAUAUAAAACAAUGACAAACCUGGAAACUUGUGAACCCUCUCUGAUAUGCAAAUUUAUUGAAAUGAACUUUAUUUUUGGAAUUUAUUUUUGUGACAAAUUGAACAUUUUUUUUAUUUGAGACCUUUAGGUGCAGAAAAAAAAAAUUAUCCCCAAGAUUAAUAGAAUUCAUUUCAUGUACAUAAUCGUGCCUAGUGGAAUAAAUGCAUAAAUGUUACCGACUGUGUACUUGGAUUUACCUCCUGACGUCAUUAAAUGUUAACAUUAUUUUUUUUAAUUUUUUUUUUUACUUUGAAACAUUCUGUCCUAGUCACCUUAAGUGUGUAUAAUUCAGUAAUACCUUUAUUUUGUACAGACCCUUCUGAGUUUAGGCAAACUUGCAGCUCUGGCAUCAGAUGACAUUAAUGAUAACGGGAAAGAAAAUAUUGAAGGUUUGGCAAAAAAUAUUAUAAUAGAGUGAUAGAAUUUUGUUAUUAAAACUAUUUUACAAAUUAUUUUACAUUUAAUGCCACAGCUUACAUUUGUUGUUAUACAAAAAUGUAUAAUGUUAAUAAAUGUUUACGUAACACAUAUUUUGAUUAUAAAUUUGUUUUCCCCCUUCUCUCUCUCUCUCUCCCGAACUGCCAUUCUUAAAGCUAUCAAUGAAGAACUGGACCUGAUGCUUCAUCAAGAACAGUUGCCAGCUGAAACACUUUAUGUAAGUUUAUUUGUUAUUAUAUUAAUUUAUUGUCUUCUUUUUCUAUAAAAUUUUAAAAAUUAUUAUAACGUCUACUUUUAUAAUUUAUUAUAAUUUCAAUACAAAAAAAUAUUAGCUGAAACCAGUGUGUGGGGUGCACUUCAUUGGAUUUGUUAAUUGUUUAUGAUUAUGGAUCAUUUGUUUCACACCUGCCUGCCACCAACCAAAAGUUUGCAUUGUGGUGAAAGCAUGUUGUUUUUUUUUUAUCCAAUAGUCUUUAAGCCUUUUUGUUUCAUCUUCUGUUGGAUCCUUACUUUAAUUCUAUUUAAAAUAAUACACAAUUUAUGCAGGAAUGAUACUGAAUUAAGGAGUUAUUUUAAGUGCUCAAAAAAGUUUAUAAAGUGGACAAGGGAAACAAUCCACUAAAUAAUAAUACUUAAUGUUAAUAUUUGCAAAUUUUUUAUAAUUGUAUUUAAUUUUUAAAAUCUGUAUUUCACUUAGAGGUAAGCUGUGAAACUGUUAGUUUUAUUAGUUAAAGAUUGGAUUUAUGUCAACAAUUUUAAAAAAUUGUUUUCAAUAUUUUCAUGAUCUUGAAUUUUCAGUCUGUUCAACUGACAAUAGAAUCUUCAGAAUGAAAAAAGUUGAAUGAUAUAUAAAUUCAAAGAAUAAUAUGGACGUUAACUUAUUACUCGAUCACCUGCCAUAAACACAAUCAUUUAACUUAUUUAUGAAUGUUGUUAAUAAAUUGCAAUCUAUACUUAAUGAAACCAAAUGAUGUUAGAGAUUAUGAGGGCAUACUCACAGUUCUAAAAUGUGUAGUGUUAGUCUGAACAAUAGAUGUGUAUAAAUUUGAAAUGCUAAAUAUUUCAAAAUUGCACUACAAAAUGAAGUAUAAGAACAUUGCACUACAAGUUAGCACAAGAUGAAUUAUAUGAAGAUUGCACUGUAAGAUGAAAUAUAUCAAGAAUGCACAAUCAAAUCGUUUUAUUUCAGAAUGUUGGAAUGGAUCCAGGAAGUAUGAGAGUUUUGUCCCCUGAAGAACUUAUAGAGGUACCUGAUAAAAACUUAAGUCAAAAAUAAAAGAUGUAAAAUUAUUUAGUUCUUAUAUUGUAUAAUUUAUGCACAUUUUAAAUUGAUUAGAUAAUUUAAUCAAAAGGAUUCUAUUGAAAAAUCAACAAUAACAGCUUAGCAUUUGUCUUUAUAUGAAACUGACAUAAAUGAAUAGUGUUUCAUAAAGUUUUAACAAACGAAUGCAGCAAUGGUUUUUCCAUCUGCGUGGGCAGGACCCAGUGCACUAAACAAUGCAUCUUGUAGAAAUAACUUGAAAGUUGAAAAGUAAGACUUCUUUUGUCAAAUUGCUUUGAUUCUGGCACGGUUACACUACAGCUGACAUUUUAUCACCAGCUCCACAUCAGUGAACACAAUAGGUCAGCCAAUGAGUUGGAUGUUAAAAAAGCAUUGGAUCUUCUCUAUUAUAUAGACAAGGUAACUGAAUUUCUCAAGCUAAUUAUAAAUCAUUUACAAGUUAUCAAACAUUUAUUUGUGGACAGUUUAUGUUUGAUAUUAAAUAUUUUUUUAGCCAAACACUAUGGUUACCGGAAAUUUGAUCGAAAGAAAUUUCGUAAACGGUAAAUUUGAUUGACGGAAAUUUUGUCGAAUCCUUUUUUGAGUUCACACGUUAAAAUUUUCGUCAAAUUUCUUUUUGAACACACUAUACCAUAUAGUGAAACAAAAUAAUGCGUUCAAAAAGAAAUUUGAAGCAAAAUUUUAAUGUAAAAACUGAAAGAUAGAUUCUGCCAAAUUUCCGUUCUAUCAAAUUACCGUCGAUCAAUUUGAAGUCAACAAAAUUUCUUUCGAUCAAAUUUCCGGAUGCGAAACAAUACAUAUAUUUAGUUAAAACAUUGAGGAUUACAAUAAAAUACAAUUGCAGUUUUCGCUUUAAAAACAACUAUCCCUUUUGUACCUUUCAUUAAUAAGUAGAUUAAACUUAAAGCCUUGAAAUUGGUGUCCCAUUUAAAUGUAGGCAGGGGUUUAAUCAAAUGGGGGGAAUGUCAUUUAUUAAAAUGCAGCAAUGUAUUUAUAAAUACAAUGUCCCCAUUGCUGUGACACAGACAACAUAAUUUUUUCUUGAAAUAAAUAACAUCAUUUAUAGUGCCUCUUAAAGUUGUGACCAGCACCGGUCUGCUCUCUGUCACAGCUAGCCAGUACCGGUCUGCUCUCUGUCACAGCUAGCCAGCACCGGUCUGCUCUCUGUCACAGCUAAUCCAUAAAAGGUUAACAAAUUUAAGAUGAUAAUAAAUUGGCCAAAUGUCCUGCUGUCAUGUAGAUAAAUUGAUUCCUCUCCGUCACCCUGAUUAGUUCGAAAAGUACUGGCCUACUCCCUUGAAAUAAAUAAAAUAAUAAUAAUUUCUCUUCUUUGUAUUAUGUAUGAUUUCCAGGACAGCAUUGAUGUUGAGGCAUUAAAACUUCACAUUUGGUGUCGAGCCAUUCUAAUGGACAGGUAGAUUUGAAAUAGUUGUGGUUGAUUUGUUGGUAUUAAUUGUACUACAUAUUUUUUUAACAGUGCUAUGUUCUGUAAAUAUUUUCUAUGUUAAGCUCCCCGCCUUGCAAUCCUCUCGGUGAUAAGCCACCAAUAAAAUCCAUGUGUUUAUGCUCUACAUUCCAGCUGGGAUGAGAUGGAUCAAACAGAUCCACUGGAUUCCAACAGAGACAAGAUUUUUUUCAAAGUUGUUGAGUUAGUGUACAUGGAUGGUAGGUUAUUAGAUGAUGUAUUGAUUUUUAUUAUAACAAAAUAAUUUGUGGGUGAAUAUGUGUUUAGUUGGUUAGUUUUUAGACAUAUUUCAUCCAAAAACAAUUUGAGCAAGCAGACUACUGUCCUUGCCAAAUGCAGUUGAGUUUAAAUAUUGAGGCAUACAAAACACUCCAUGUUCUGAUUGAUUUUGUCUGUUGACUUCUAAAUCUCAAAAUAUUUUUCUAAUCCAGGUGAACUUGAUCAGCUUCUUCCCGACCUGGAGACUUUACUGUCAGCAGAGGAGUUGUCAGCACUUCGGAAAAAACCAAACUUCUUGUUCUUAAUGAGAGGAGGCUAUGAACAAAUAGACAUGAUGGAUUAAAACUGACACGACAGUUGAAAUUAUAGCUGAAGACUUAUUAUUAGGAGAACACAAAACUCUUCAAUGGCACUCCAGAAUACAAUUCUGCUUACAACAUUGAAACAGUGGGUGUGUUUGUGUCACAAAUGUUGAAACUCAAUUUAAUUAUUUAAAAAUUAAUGAUGGAAAAAGUACAAAGUGUCUUAAUAAAUAAAAUCACAAUUGAAAUAGUUUAUAAAAACUUUGCUAUAAUGCUAUAGUUCAGCAGCUGUAUUUAGAAAUAAAAUUUCUUUGUUGCUUUCUUGUUGUUUUUUUUUAAAUUUUUAUAUGGGCUUAAAAU